UUAAUUAAGCAGCAAUCAAUACGACUUUUCUUUUAGACAGCAGAACCAUACUAAAAACAAUAAUAUACAACUGAAAUUAUAAAACGUCCUAAAAUGACUGCGCUUUAGAUUCGUCACCGUCGAAUUCAAAAUAAAAGAAGUUACUCACAACUUCCUGUAAAUAUUUGGAUUUGCCUAAUUACAGAAAUCCAGUCAAACUUUUCUUCCAUUAGAAGAAAAAUUAAUGGUAAAAUUUAAACAGGAAACUGACGUGAAAACUAUCAUAGAAAAUUUAUUUAAAAUGUUCAGAAAUUUAAAAUAAUAUUUCAGCAGAAAACAUUCGGACAGCCUUUUGUGAUAAACGAAUUGAAAUUGAAGAUGGAAAUGAAAAAUUUCAAAAACAAGAUAUUCCAAACCAUAUAGUAACAACAGUUUCACGGAAAUCAAUAAUCUUCACAUUCCAAGUAUUUCUUUAUAUAAUAAUAGUAGUAGCAGCCAUUAUUUGAAUACUAUUACAAGAAGCCAAUCUUCAGAUGAUAAAAGGACCAUCAAACUCAACCUACAGAAGGGGAGGUGUUACCUACGCCAUUGCCCUUUGAGAACCCGUUUAGAUUGCCAAAUCAACACUUUUAUUUGCUUAGUUGUUAAUUGUAAUAUAAAUAGUAUUAUUGUAGUAAUAAACUUCAGUCUAGAUUUGAUAUUGUAACCGGUAUUUUGUUGUUAGUAAUAAAGUCUUUUUUAAAAACACGUCUACAUUAAAUAAAGAAAUAAAAAUAUUGUUAUAUGUAUAUUAUAUUAAUUGCCAGAUAUAUUAUGAGCGGUUUCUUAUUGGGAACGUGGCAAUGAAACACCAAAGUGGACUAACUUUAAUAUAUUUUCCGAGCAUUAAUUGAAAUAUUGAUUCUGGUUACUAUAGAAUAGAGAUAACAAUUAUAACGACGAAUGUUGAAAUAUCAAAUUUAUUGAAAAGUAUUUCUACGGAAAUCCAAGAUGAAAUAUGAGUCUGAAGAGAAUAAAUUUGAUGUUACAACUAAUUUAUUGAACCAAAAGGCACCAGUAGGCAAGGGACCAACAUUUGGAAAGAGGCAUUCACAAGUUAUUAUGUUGACAUUUAUAUUAAUUUGUAGUUUUCUGAUGAGAACAAGUUUAUCGGUGACCAUUGUAGCAAUGACAGAUCCUUCGGCUAGUAUCAAUAAAGAUAUUCCAACUUAUAAUUGGACUGAUAAAAGUUUAGUCGUUGGGUCUUUUCUGUGGGGUUACUGUUUCCCCCAAAUGGGAGCGGGGUUUCUUGCUGAUCAAUAUGGUGGAAAAUGGUUUCUAGUAGCUUCGACGAUUAUAACUGCCGUACUUGGCCUUUUCAUACCAAUUGCAGCUAACCAUUUUGGUUCGCUUGGAGUCAUUAUAUUAAGAUGCCUCCAAGGAAUUGCGCAAGGGUUUAUAUUUCCAAGCCUUCAUAGUGUAUUGGGAAAGUGGGUGCCUUCUCCAGAACGAAAUAAAUUGGGAACAAUUGUUUACUCAGGACAAACCGCUGGCAUCAUUACAUGCAUGCUAUUAUCAGGUUGCAUAUCUUCAUCACGUUAUGGAUGGCCAUUUGUAUUUUAUCUUCUCAAUGGAGUAAGUUUGGUGAUAGCUAUUAUCUAUGUUUUUUGGGGUAGCAGCAACCCGAAUAGCCAUCCCAGUAUUUCACUAGAUGAAAAAAUGUACAUUAUAACUAACUUGAAUACUUCACUUGUCAAAAGAAAAUUACAAGUUCCAUGGAAAAAUAUUUUCACGAGUUUACCAUUUUUUGCUCUGAUGAUAACGAAUAUUGCAUUUAGUUACACCCAUUGGACAAUGAUCACCGAAACCGCUAUAUAUCUGAACAAAGUUAUGCAUUUUGACUUGACUUCUAACAGUGUCUUCACAUCCCUUCCGUACAUAAUAGAAUUGGUAUCUGCACUUAUAGCGGCUUUUAUAGCAGACUAUCUAUUAACAAAAAAUUUUGUAACCGUCACAUUCAUCAGAAAAACAGCAAACAACAUCGGACUCAUUGUAGCAGCAGUGUCUCUUAUUACAUUGACCAGAAUUGGAACUGAUAGAGCUUAUCUAACAGUAACAUUAGUAGUUUUGGUGGCAGCUCUCCAGGGGCCUUCAAGAAUUGGAUAUAUAGUCAAUCAUAUGGAUCUCGCCCCAAAUUUUUCUGGAAUUCUGAUGGGAUUUACAAAUGGUUCAUCCGUAAUAGCAUCGGCUUUCGCUCCAAUUUUUGCCUAUAUUAUUAUAAAAGACGAAACUAAUGUAGAACAAUGGAAUAUAAUUUUCUAUUUUUCUGCCGCUAUAAAUAUUAUUGCUUGUGUCAUGAAUAGUAUAUUUACUACUAGUGAGCGGCAACUUUGGAAUGCACCUAUUGCGAAAACAAAGAGAACGGUAACAAGCAACGACAUUGAGGAAGAAGCUGAAAAUAUAAUGUGAAGAAACAUGUAAUGACUAAUGAAUAAUAUAUAUUGUUGAGUUGAU